AUGGAUUGUAACAGCAACAGAAAGCGAAAGCAAUCUGACAUCGAAAAUGGCGAAUUCCUAGCCCUCAGCCUCUCCGCCGCCUCAGCCAAGGCCAUGGCCUUUUCCGGCGCCAACGUACCACCUCCGCCGCCGCCGCCGCCUUCCGUCGUCGUGCCGGCAGCGGAUCCGCCGGCAGCCACGCACCACCACCGCCGAUUGAGGAGAAAUCCGUCUAGGGCGCCGCUGGAGGGGAAGAAUCCGGUGAUUCCGCCGCCGUAUCCGUGGGCGGGGACGGGACGCGCGACGGUGCGGAGCCUGAACUACCUCCGCGCGCAGGGAAUCACGGCGAUCUUCGGCGAUGUUGAGUGCAGAAAAUGCGAGAAGAAAUUCUCGAUGGUGUUCGAUCUGGAGGAGAGAUUCGCCGAGAUCUCGACGUUCGUGGCGGAGAAUCAGGCGCUGAUGCGACACCGCGCGCCGAAUGAGUGGAAGAAUCCGGAGCUUCCUCGGUGUGAUUUCUGCAAUCAGGAAGGGAGCGUGAAGCCGGUGAUCUCGCCGAAGAAGAGGAGCAUCAAUUGGCUGUUUCUGCUGCUGGGGAAGAUGCUGGGGUGCUGCACGCUUGAGCAGCUCAAGUAUUUCUGCAAACACACGAAGAAUCAUCGCACCGGCGCAAAGGAUCGGGUGCUGUUCCUCACGUAUCUGAGCUUGUGCAAGCAGAUGGAUCCGAGCGGGCCAUACGACGUCGUUGUUUGAUGAUUUAGUUCUGCAAAUUAAAAGUAAUCUCUGAUUUAGGGUUCCUUUUUUUGCCCCCCUUUUGUAUUGCAUGGCUAAGGAGGGGAUGGUUUUAGGGUUUUUUAUUAUGAGAUUUAGU